GGAGAAGCGGGAGAUGGCUGUCGCCUCGCCCGCCACCUGGGCUGCGGUGGCACUGUGCUUGAUGUCUACAGCGUAUGCGGUGGAAGAGACAGUGAUGGAUACAAGGACAGCAACAGCUGAGCUUGGCUGGAUAUCGUUUCCUGCCAACGGGUGGGAGGAGGUGAGCGGCUACGACGAGAACCUCAACACCAUCCGCACGUACCAGGUGUGCAACGUGUUCGAGCCCAGCCAGAACAACUGGCUGCUCACCACCUACGUGGACCGGCGGGCCGCCCAGCGCGUCUACGUGGAGAUCCGCUUCACUGUGCGCGACUGCGCCUCCAUCCCCAGCGUGCUGGGCUCCUGCAAGGAGACCUUCAACCCUGUCUCUGAGUCGGACCACUCGCUGUCGGAGGGGCCGCGUCGUCGCGUGGACACCAUCGCCGCCGACGAGAGCUUCUCCCAGGUGGACUUCGGGGGCCGGCUGAUGAAGGUGAACACCGAGGUGCGGAGCUUCGGCCCACUGUCCCGGGGCCGGGGGUUCCACCUGGCCUUCCAGGACCUGGGCGCCUGCAUGUCCCUCCUGGCCGUCCGCGUCUUCUACAAGAAGUGUCCCAGCGUGGUGCAGAACUUUGCGUUCUUCCCUGAGACGCUGACGGGGGCGGAGUCGACCUCGCUGGUCAUCGCGCGGGGCAGCUGCAUCGCCAGCGCGGAGGAGCUGGACGUGCCCAUCAAGCUGUACUGCAACGGGGACGGCGAGUGGAUGGUGCCCAUCGGGAGCUGCAGCUGCAAGGCCGGCUACGAGCCCGACAAGGCCAACGUCUGCCAAGCGUGUCCUCAGGGCACCUUCAAGUCCUUCCAGGGGGCCGGGCUGUGCCAGCAGUGCCCGCCCAACAGCCUCUCCACUGCCGAGGCCGCCACACUCUGCGGCUGUCGCAACGGCUAUUACCGUGGCGACGUGGACAAGCCGGAGGACACCUGCACCAGCGUCCCCUCCGCCCCCCGUAACCUCGUCUCGGUCGUCAACGAGACCUCGGUGGUCCUGGAGUGGAGCCCGCCGCGCGACACGGGUCACCGCGGCGACCUGGUCUACAACGUGCUGUGCCGCCGCUGCCACAGCAGCGAGCGGCGGGCGUGCCAGUCCUGUGAGGACAGCGUGGCGUUCUCCCCGGGCCGGCGGGGGCUGAGGGGGGACCACGUGGAGAUCAGCAAGCUGAGGGCCCACACGGCGUACACCUUCGACGUGCAGGCAAUCAACGGGGUCUCCAACAAGAGCCCUUAUCCCGCCCAGCAACUGUCCAUAAACAUCACCACCAACCAGGCUGCUCCCUCGCUGGUACCCAUAAUGCACCAGGUGAGCUCAACGAGCCGCAGUUUCUCCCUGUCAUGGCCGCCCCCCGAGCAGCCGAACGGCAUCAUCCUCGACUACGAGAUACGCUUCUACGACAAGCUGUCGGCGGGGGUGAACAGCUCGGUGGUCCAGAGCGGGGGUCCGGGUGCGGUGCUAGAGGGUCUCCGGCCCGGGACCGGCUACCUGGUGCAGGUGAGGGCGCGCACGGUGGCCGGCUAUGGAGCCUUCAGCAAGGAGAUGCUGUUCCACACGCUGACCGACGAUGAGUAUAAGUCAGAGCUGGGCCAGCAGCUGUCCCUGAUAGCCGGCUCUCUCGUCUGCGGAGUUGUCAUCGUCUCGCUGGUGGCAAUAGCGAUCAUAUGUACCAGGAGAAGACAGCUGAAGGAGAGUGUGUACGGAGACAAACUCCAGCAAUACACCACAGGUGGAGGCUCCCCAGGGGUCAAGAUAUACAUCGACCCCUUCACGUACGAGGACCCCAACGAGGCCGUCCAUGAGUUCGCCAAGGAAAUAGACCCCAACUGCGUCAAGAUAGAGGAGGUUCUGGGAGCAGGUGAGUUCGGUGAGGUGUACAAAGGCCGUCUGAAGCUAGUAGGAAAGAAAGAAUUUCCUGUCGCCAUCAAAACACUGAAGGCGGGCUACUCCGAGCGGCAGCGGCGGGACUUCCUGUCCGAGGCGUCAAUCAUGGGCCAGUUCGACCAGCCCAACAUCAUCCGCCUAGAGGGGGUGGUCACCAAGAGCCGGCCCACCAUGAUCAUCACAGAGUUCAUGGAGAACGGCGCACUCGACUCAUUCCUGAGGCGAAACGACGGAACGUUCCCGGUCAUCCAGCUUGUGGGAAUGCUGAGGGGCAUCGCAUCCGGCAUGAGGUACCUGGCGGAGAUGAGCUACGUGCACCGUGACCUGGCCGCCCGGAACAUCCUGGUGAACAGCAACCUGGUGUGUAAGGUCUCAGACUUCGGCCUGUCCCGUUACCUGGAGGAGGACGCCUCCGACCCCACCUACACCAGCUCCCUGGGGGGUAAGAUCCCGGUGCGCUGGACGGCCCCCGAGGCCAUCGCCUACAGGAAGUUCACGUCGGCCUCAGACGUGUGGAGCUACGGCAUCGUCACCUGGGAGGUGAUGUCCUACGGAGAGAGGCCGUACUGGGACAUGAGCAACCAAGACGUCAUCAACGCCAUCGAGCAGGACUUCCGGCUGCCCGCGCCCAUGGACUGCCCCCUGGUGCUCCACCAGCUCAUGCUGGACUGCUGGCAGAAGGACCGCAACGCCAGACCCAAGUUCCCCGACCUGGUCAGCAUGCUGGACAAGAUGAUCCGCAACCCCGGCUCCCUCAAGACCGUGGCUUCUCAUGAGUUAUUCCUCCCUCCCUCAAGGCCCUCCCCUCAUGCCCUGCUCGACCGAGGGGCUCCAGACCUGAGCAGCGUCAGCUCUGUGGAGGACUGGCUGAGCGCGCUGAAGAUGACCCAGUACAGGGACUCCUUCGUCGGGUCGGGCAUCAACUCCCUGUCCCUGAUCACGCAGCUCACCACGGAAGACCUGCAGAGGCUGGGGGUGUCCCUGGCCGGGCACCAGAAGAAGAUCCUGACCAGCGUCCAGUCCAUGAGGGACCACAUCGACGACCAGUCCCCGACAGAGUCACUGUAACGCACUAACCCAACGGGAUCAAUGUGGCUCCCUUUGGAACAUUACAGUACAAUGCAGAAAGCAAUCAACUCCGGACGACUUAACGGACACUUUGAGCACUCGUGGACGCCCUCACCCGAACCCAAAGUCCGUCCAAAUCCAUUCUGACAGACGUACCCAUCACAACUCUGUCGUAUAUGCACAGACUGCUGGCUGA